UCGUGUUCAGACUGGUUAAAGAUGGCUUUGCUGCUGUAUGUUGUGCUGUUCGGUGCUGGAGUCUUGCUGACUUCCACUGAGGACCAAGGCUCAUUUAGCAAUCUUUCAGAUACCUACAAGAAAGGAGUGGAGCAGGCUUUGCAACAGGUCAAUGCUCAUGAAGGCAUUCAACAAUAUUUUCUCUUCUUUAAAACAAUCACGCAGUCACAAAUUGAGGCAGGGUUUGGUGUUACAUACAUCUACCAUAAUUUUUAUCUCAAAGCCACCAAGUGCAAAAAAGGAACUGAGAACGCUGACACAACCAAAUGUGCAUUCAGGAAUGACCGUCCUCUUAUUGACUGUGCUAUCUGCUACAAGACCUAUGCUGGAGAGAUUGAGGCAGAACCCAAACCCUACGUGAACUGUGUUCAUAAACCAACUCUCACUGAGGACAUGAAGACAACGAGAAUGGACCACUGUAACAAUAUGGGUUAUGGCAGUGGAUCUCCCACUCUGUUGGCAACCAAAUCUUAAGAAUAACGGUUGGAGACAAUACCUGCUGUUGCCAUUCAAAGUUCUGGAUUCUAGUAGCAGAGUGCCACUCAGUAACCUUAAAUGUCAUUUACACGUAUCUUUUCUGUGCCAAAUCAACUCUUGCUUCAAAUGUAUCUGAUUCUAAAUGGUAACAAUAUUAAAGAGAACAUUUCACCAAUGUGGUCAUAAUAUGCAAACAUCGCUGUUACAUCUUGGUGUGUCAGUGUUUUUCUUUGUGGUUGUUAAACUUUGCAAAAAAAUACUAACAUUUUACUAUGAAUAUUCAAACACUAUGCUGACAAAAAAGAUGAUAAUAAAUGAUGAUUUAACAUGUUCA